AUGAAAGAAAAAGACAUAUUAAAUAUAGAAGGCGCAAUAGCAAGUCCCAUAAGCAUAAAAGAGUCACAAAAACAAAAACAUACUCCAGAUAGAUCUGCCAGCAAACAAACAGGUUAUACUAGCAUUAAUAAUCUAGAAAUACAGACCCCCAAAAUUAAAAUGUCAUGGGGUUGCGUGAAUUUUAAUACAGAACAUAUAAAAUCAAAUAUAAACGUACUUGUAGACAUACUGGAGCAGGAACUGCUAUUAGAAACACAGCACAGCACAAUGUUUUUAAUAUUACACACCGCGAUAUUUAUAGAUAUGCAUAAUAAAAUGCAUGGUUUAGCAAAGAUAAACAAAAAAUGUACUUUAUUUAUGGUUCAGCACAUUAAAUGCUUUUUUACACAAAGGUUUAAAUCGGCAAUUUCGCAUAUAUCCAAAGAAUUAGAUGAUAUAGAAAGCCAUAAAAACGAAGGCACCCAAUACAUAAAAGAGAAAUUAUAUAGUGCAGCAAUUUCUCUGAUUAAUGGCGGGUAUAUAAAAAACAUAGAAACGGAAAUAACCCACUUAUAUGAGAAGAUACUAAAAUCAAAGACAACUUUGCCAGAAAAGUAUAUUCCAUAUAUAUACAGGCAAUAUGCAGAAAAACUUUUCCUAGACAGAGUGGAUAAUAAAAGGCUUUAUUGUGACCUUCAUGCGAUUACAGACUAUUGCAAUAGAAUAAAAGACAGUGUAAAGCCAAAGCCCUAUGUAACUAUAUCCUUUUUUGCAAAAAAAGAUUCACAGAAGAAUAAGAAGCCAGAAUCUACCAAGCAAAUAGAUCUUUUUGCAAAGAAUGCAAAGGGUAAGUAUAAUAUAGAUUGUGCAAUUGACAAUCUACUAAAUAACCGGAUAAAUGCAGUUAAAUAUAGAAACCAUAGCAUGUUAGAGACUCCAAAGCUACCUUUAGAUGAAACAGAAAGAGCGCAUCUAAUUAAAUUAAAGAAAGACUGGUAUGACAUAAGCAACUUCUAUUACAAAUUAUACAAGGCGAUAGGCACACGGGUAAGUGAGCUUGAAGACGAAUUUUUGAUUACAGAAGAGUAUAAUACGCAAGAAAAAAUUUCUAAAUAUCCGCAGGAUCUAGAAAGAUACUAUGAACGAGUCAUAGAAAUUUCGAAUGCAGUUUUAGAAGAAUUUAAAUCAUACCCAGACAGCCAGAUAGAUUACAUUAAAAGUAAAAUGGAUAGUUUGAAAGGUCUUAUAAAGACUUCUCUUAUGCCAUCUUUUAUAGAGGGGCAGAACAGCAGUAACAAAUUAAUUAAUAAUGGUAUAGAAUAUAUUUCGCCAUUGGCUGGAGUAGGCAUAGCUGCUAUGUCAUUUGUCGCAACGUGCGGUUUUAUGGCUAUGAGCAUUCACCUAAUGAGUUUGUUUUCUCAGCAGAAUUAACUGGGAAUACAUUUAGAAUUUAGAGAUAAAGUAAAGAUAACAUGUAUUUAUUAAAUAAAUAGUUUUGUCCUUUACAGAUAAUAAAAAUAGAC